AUGUCGCCCCUCGAUCUCCACCGAUCAUCCUACACGAACGGCCACUCUUCCGCCCCCACCAAGUCCUCGUCUUCGCAGCCGUCCUUUGAAACGCGCGCAAUCCACAUCGGUUCCGAGCCAUACCUCUCCUCCAGCGCCGGUGUGGUCCCCUCCCUCGACCUCUCCACGACCUACGCCCAAUCUGCGGCCGGUCAACCCUCAAAGGGUUUCGAAUACAGUCGGUCUUCCAACCCUACUCGUUUGGCAUUGGAGAGGCUUGUCGCUAGUUUGGAGGGAAAGGCCGAUAUCGCUUUGGAGAAGAAUCUAAGGGCGCAGGGGAUUGAAAGUAAGAGUUUCGGGGGAGGUCCGGCGGCGGUUGCGUUUGCUUCGGGCAGUGCGGCGACGGCUACGGUCGUGAGUGGGUUGGCCGGACAGGCAGGUCAUGUUGUUUCGUAAGUCUAGUAACCUCUGUGAGGGUUCGAGGAGAACCGGCGGCAUGAGCUGACUCGGGAUACCCAAUCGCGCAGGGUCGGUGACGUCUACGGCGGCACGUCUCGGUACAUGCUUCAAGUCGCGAGCGUCCAAAGUGGAGUUGAGACGACGUUCGUCGACAUGGCCUACGGCCUCCAAGACCAAUCUCCUGUUCAACCUCUGUCCGAAGCCGAAGAGGAAGCUCUUCAGCGCGAGGAGGAUGACGCGAUCGUCAAGCGGGUCCAAGAGGCGGUCCGACCUGAUACCAAACUCAUCUGGGCCGAGACCCCUACGAACCCGAUGCUCUCCCUCGUUCCUAUCGCCCUCCUCGCACAGGUCGCCAAAGCGCAUUCGAUCCCCCUCGUUAUCGACAACACCUUCGGUAACCCUUAUUACCAGAACCCCUUGCUCUUGGGCGCGACGGUCGUCACUCAUUCGGGCACAAAGUACCUCGGCGGUCAUAGCGAUGUGAUUUCGGGCUUCGCGAUCACCUCGGACCCGACGAUCCUGAGCAAGUUGAGGUUCUUGCAGAAUGCGUACGGGAACGUGCCUAGCCCGUUCGAUGCUUGGUUGAUCAUUCGGUACGUUUUAUUGAUCUAUGCCGACUUGCUUCACUUAAGCUGACGAGGCAUGACGUUUCCUCACGCAGCUCGCUCAAGACGCUCGCUGUUCGCUCGCGCCAACAUGGUCUGAACGCCCUUGCACUCGCGACUUAUCUCGUGGAGGAAGCCGUUCCCGCCGGGCUCGUUCGAGAUGUACGAUACCCCGGCUUGAAGCGAAGUGUCGAGUCACGAGGCGAGAAGCGCGAGCGCGAAUUGGCGUGGGCCCAACUCUCAACCGCUGCGCAACGAUGGGCAACGAAGCAAGGUUUCUCCAGGGAUGGUCCUCGAGGUUUCCCCAGCGGAGGUAUGGUCUCGUUCCACAUCGUCUCGAAUCACGCCCAAAGCCAAACCGAAACCGGUGUAGCGGACGCCUUCCUUCGUCGACUCAAAAUUUUCACCCUCGCUGAGAGUUUGGGAGGCGUCGAAUCGUUGAUCGAAGCGCCGUUGUUGAUGACACAUGGUGGGGUUGCCGUGGAGAGGAGGAGGGAGUUGGGUAUCGAUGGGGAACUUAUUAGGUGCUCGGUCGGGUUGGAGGAUGAGGAGGAUUUGGUGGAGGAUAUCAGGAAUGCUUUGGAGGCGGUCGGGGCGCAGGUACGCGGUGGGGGAAUUUGA